UGCCAGCUGUCCUCCUCGCGUACUCGGCUAGUGCUGGGCAACAGUGAGAAGCUCCCGUAGAGGAGGGUCUGGGAAUCUGGAAGAAAAAGGGUCUGUGGCUGCCAACAUGGGGUCGAUGCGUAUCCUCAUCAAAGGAGGGAAGGUAGUCAAUGAUGACUUCACCCAGGAAGCGGACGUCUACAUUGAGAACGGCAUCAUUCAGCAGGUUGGAAAGGAACUGAUGAUACCAGGUGGGGCUAAGGUGAUUGACGCCUCUGGAAAGCUGGUGUUGCCGGGCGGAAUAGACACCAGCGUGCAUCUGCAGCAGACUUUUAUGAACGCCAGCAUUCAGGAUGACUUCUACAGUGGGACCAAGGCAGCUCUGAUGGGUGGUACCACCAUGGUGAUGGCUCUGGUCCUGCCUGAACAACACUGCUCCCUGCUGGAUGCCUACGAGAAUUGCCGAGCCCUGGCUGACGCUAAGGCCUGCUGUGACUACGCUCUGCAUGUCGGGGUGACUUGGUGGGGGCCAAAGGUGCGCAGCGAGAUGGAGACCCUGGUGAGGGAGCAUGGCGUUAACUCUUUCCAGAUGUUCAUGGCCUACAAAGACAUGAUGAUGCUGAGGGACUCAGAGCUCUACCAGACGCUGCAGACCUGUAAGGACAUCGGAGCCAUCGCUCGCGUCCAUGCUGAGAAUGGAGAGCUGGUGGCAGAGGGUGCCAAAGAGGCUCUGGAUUUGGGCAUCAGUGGACCAGAGGGUAUUGAGAUCAGUCGACCAGAGGAGCUGGAGUCUGAGGCUACUCACAGAGCCGUCACCAUCGCCAACAGGGCUCACUGCCCGAUCUACCUGGUGAAUGUAUCCAGUAUGGCUGCUGGAGACAUGAUUGCUGCUGCUAAGAUUCAAGGUAAGGUGGUCCACGCAGAGACCACAGUAGCUCAUGCCGUGCUGAAUGGGAUGCAGUAUUACCACCAGGACUGGGCUCACGCCGCUGCCCAUGUCAUCGUCCCUCCUCUCCGCCUCGACCCCAACACCCCCAACUACCUCAUGGGCCUACUGGGAAGUGACACUCUGAGUGUCGUGGCAUCAGAGCACCGUCCGUUUACCAUCAAGCAGAGAGCUUUGGGCAAGGAGGACUUCACAAAGAUCCCUCAUGGAGUAGCUGGAGUCCAGGACAGGAUGAGUGUCAUUUGGGAGAGGGGAGUGGUUACAGGAAAAAUGGAUGAGAACCGUUUUGUGGCAGUGACGAGCUCUAACGCCGCGAAGAUCUACAACCUGUACCCACGCAAGGGUCGCAUCAUCCCCGGCGCUGAUGCUGAUGUGGUGGUCUGGGACCCAGACGCAACAAGGACGAUCUCUGUGGGCACUCAGGUGCAGGGAGGGGACUUCAACCUGUACGAGGGAUUGCGCUGCCACGGUGUGCCCCUGGUCACCAUCAGCCGAGGACGUUUGGUGUGUGAGAACGGCGUGUUCAUGUGUGCCGAAGGAUCCGGAAAGUUCUACCCUCAGCGCACCUUCCCUGACUACCUCUACAAGAAGAUGGUGCAGAGGGAAAAGACUCAGACUUAUAAAGGGGUCGACAGGGAUCCCUACUCUGGUGACGUGGCCAAGGUGGUAAACACCAUGAAGAAGGAGCUCGGGCUGGGCCCCAUAGACGGAGAGGCGGGCAACAAACCCUGUCCUCGGGCGCACCAGGGAGUUCGAGACCUCCAUGAGUCGUCCUUUAGCCUCUCAGGGUCUCAGGUCGAUGACCACAUCCCGAAGAGGUCCUCAGCCCGGAUUCUGGCUCCUCCCGGCGGACGCUCCAGUGGUAUCUGGUAAUCGCUGCUGCCGGAGCUUCAUCCGUCCAAGUCUACUUGUUUUGUAUAAAUCUGCGCAACCAGGAAAACUGCACUGAUUUUCAAUCACAGGAUUUAAAGUUAAGAGAGGAAAAUAAAUUGAAGCACUCGUCUGUGAUUGGUGAAGACUUAACUGAUGAUCAGUGAUCUGCCAAAGUGACUUUUACAAAUCUAAUUUGUGUUUUAAUUGGAGAGACUGACCUGAUUAAUUAUGUGAGAGUGAAGGGCUAUCUAUGAAUUAAAAAUGUUUUGCCAAAUUCAAGCUGAUCAUACUAACAUUGACAAAGUCUGCUCAUCCUCACCCUGCUUGUAUCCCGUAAAGAAUCGCAAACUAAACUGUGAAAGAUCAAAACCAGUACAGUUUUUAAUGGUUUGAACCGAAGUGAUGUCGACUGAAUUAUUUGAAAAUAGUGAAACUGGAUUCAGUGAAAUAUCUAUUAUACCCCCGUCUCACACACACACACACACACGCACACACACACACACACACACACAAACAUACAGUACACUGUAGACACCAUAGCUUUAGACUCAUAUGAAGAUGUGUGUGGAUUCUGUUUGUGAUUAAUCACCCACUUCGCUCGGCUUCCUGCUGCACCGUGGGUUCCCCAGACAGUGUUUUUAUUUCCAAUGGGUGAACUGUGCUGUGUGGUGAUGAAAUCCAACUGCUUCAAACACUGUGUGAUUUUACAGCUACACUCUCUAAAUAGAGUCCGACUCGACCCUAUCCAUCCUUUUGUUUUCACUGCCUGAAACAACACUCACAUAUCCCAAAAAAACAUCCUGCCUCACCUGCAACGCAGCAGGGUCUAUAGACUGAGUCACAGAAGUUUAAAACUUGUGGGCCAGUAUUGAUCCCACAACAGCUCAGUGUAAUCUGUCAUGAAAAUGUGGCGUCUGUAGACCUUGCAAAGUGCUAGAAGACUGAAGAGAAGUCAGUUUCUUAAAGCAAUGAUGAAGAGUAUGUGAUUUAAAGAUCAAAGUGGGGACAACAAGAGGAAAAUGCUUUCUGUUACUGCUGCUGAUAAUACAGAUCGUAAUAUGCUUGCGUGAUUUUCAUCAAUGAAGUUUAAUGCAGUGCCUUCUCUUUCGCUGAGGAGAUCACUUAGAGCUUUCUGAGUGAAAACAGGAGCUGCUAAAAACACCAGGAGGCCUCAUUUAUCAAAAUGUGUACAAAAGAAACUCUACAAUUCAGCGUAAAAAGGCAUAAGAAAACAUAAAGAAAAAGUGAUAAAACAUCGCUAACAGCUCUCUGAAGCAUUUUAGCGCAGAAGCUGGUGGAGACCAAAACAGUUAGAAGGAGAGUGAAUAUUGGACUUUGAUUCAUCAAGUCGCCAUCAAUGCAGCUUUAAUGACUAUUGUAAGGACUAUUUCAUGUGGAAAAAGUAGCAACUUCGAGAGAAAUGGACAAACAGCAGAGACAGAGAGGUUUAAACAAGUGGCUUUCUUUAAGAACAAGAAUGCUGUUUGAUUUAAAUGAAACUCAUCUGAAAAGAACGAUAAUCCUGAGUAUAAAUUGUCAAAUCGUAGGACAUCUAAUUUGACAAGUGGUUUAUCUGUGACUACACUUGUCUCCCACCAGGGGCUUAUUACACACUCAUGAACAUUAGUGGUUUUAAAUGUUCGCAUGUCAUCAAGCACAAAAAGAAUCUGAUAAAACAGAGUCUCUGUGUGGAAACGAGUAUUUAGUGUACAAAACUGUCCGUAUGCACAAGUGAUAAAUGAGGCCACAGAAUGUCAACAGAAGGCCAAGUAAGUAACCAAGAGAAGUUAUGUUAUGUUGUUGAUUUUCAGUAGCAUCUCGUGGGCCAUAUCUUGAAAGUGAGCUUCCUGUUUGUGGGAAAAUAAAAGGGAUUGGUAUCAGAGCAGUGAGUCUCCACAGAGCAGGACGAUUGAGCUGCACAGGCUAAAGGAAACCCCACUGAUCCUCUCACCUCCUGACGAUGUCUCAUUCCUGCCUAUCAGUAUUAUAUUUAUACAUGAACACGUCUUCUCGUCUGUGAACUAUAUAUUUAGUAUGUUUGUUCUGUUUUUUUAGUUGAAAGAAUAAAUGUGCCAAUGUGAAUCACCCAUGCCACACCCAUGCAUGAAGAGCACCACACAGAGGCGGAGGAGGGGUGAACUCUCCCCACAGGCUCACAACAACUGGUGCUGUUUUUUACUCUUACCAACAACAACAUUGUUUUAUCAUUGGAUGGUUUUGUUGUUUUGAAGGCACUGUGACUGGUCAGUGGCUGUGUGUGUUUGUAGAUUCUUGUUGUGUUGGACAGUGAACCUGUUGAAUCUGUAAGUGGCUGCUUGUUUCUUACCACGAAUAACAGCAAAAGAAUAAAGUGAGAAAAAAUACAUCUUGA